CCCUGAAUCUCAUCUCCUGCUCCAAAGCUCUUCAAUGGCGUCUCAUCUCCUCCAUCUCCUCCCCAAUCCCUUCAUCUCCUCCUUCAAUCCCAAGUACCCAAACCCUAAUAAGAGGACAAUCCAAACCCUACGUUCAAAUCCUCCAUCAAUCCGAGCUUCCCUCCCUCCCCAUCCCUUCUCCUCCCCUCCCUCCUUCCUCCCCCUCCCCAAACACCCUCCUUUCAUCGCCGCUGCCGGCCGGAGCAAGAAGAACCCUGCCGGACGCAUGGAAGGCAACGCCGAGAUCCGCCGCCAAGCCAAAAUCGCUGGCCGCCGUCGAUCCCGCCGCAUCGCCCAAAACCUCUUCUACCGCAAGUACGGCCCCAACGCCAACAAUCCCGACCGGUUCUCUGACGAGGAGCUCCAGAUGAUCGGCCUCGGCUACGACCGCAUGGUCCGGUUCAUGGCCCCCGACGACCCUCGCCUUCGCCACCCCUACGACUGGUACAAGUACGGCCAGUACGGUCCUUACUCUUGGCGCGGCGUCGUCAUCGGUCCUCCCAUCCGCGGCCGCUUCUCCGACGAGCGUGUCACGCUCAUUGGAGAGGUCCGCGACCACGAGGAGUGGGAGCUCAUCGAGCAGUUCGAUAUGUCGUCGGAGUUCUCCGAGCGGCUUGAAUCCAUGGAUAAAAACGUCGGCUUUCGCUACUUCUGGGUGUUCGUCCGGCACCCUAAGUGGAACUCCUCUGAGCUGCCAUGGCAGCAGUGGACGCUGGUCGCCGAGGUUGUGCUCGAGGCCGGGAAGGAGCGUCUAGAUAAGUGGAGCUUGAUGGGGCGGAUGGGGAACAAAGCGCGCGCAAUGGUCACCCAAUGCGCCGCCUGGUUCCGGCCGGACAUCAUCUAUGUCAAGCGUCCUAUGUACCAGUGCCGCUUUGAGCCACAAGAGGAUUUCUUCAAGCUUCUCGGACCACUGCUCGAUCCCGAGACCGAAAGUCAGUACCUUUUUGAACUGGAGCGUGAGGAUGGGAGGAUUGAAUUGUGUACUUACUUUGCAGGGCUUUGCAAGAUUGUGAGAGUGAACCCCAAGUCUUAUGUAGAUGAUGUUGUAAAUGCCUACGAGAAGUUAAGUGAUGAGAGGAAGUCAAAAUGUUUGGAGUUCUUGCUUGGGAAUCAUCCCAUGGAGCUCUUGCAUCCUUGGACUAAGGAGUGGAAGGCCAAGUUGGAGGAGUUGGAGCUUGGUUGUGAUGCUCCUGAUGACAGUGAUGAUGAUUUGGGUGAUGGAGAUGAGAACCGGAUUACCGAUUGGAUUGAGGAGGAGGAUGGGGAUGGGGAUGGGGAUGGUGAUGGUGAUGAAGUGAUUGAUGUUGGAGAGAAUGUGGAUGAUGAUGAUGAUGAGCCCAAGGAUCCUGAAGAGCCUGAGGAGAAUCCGGAGUAUUGGAAUGAGCAGUGGGAGAAGGCGAUUAGGAGUCCGCAAGAAAUGGAGAAGUUGGUGACGAAAAGUUUGGAGAUAUCGACAAAGUUAUACAGUAGUCAAAUGGACCAAGAACAAGAUAUGAGAGCAAAUGAAGUAGGAAAUAGAAGCAGUGUGAGUGUGGAUUUGGAGGAAAGUAGAGCAGAACAGGAGAAUGCAGGAUAUAAAGGUUCAGCUGAUUUGGAUGAAAGUAGAGAAGAAUGGGAGAAUGUAAGAUAUAAAGGUGGCAGAAUGAAGGCUAAGAGAAGCCGAGUCCCGCCGGAGUUGUUUUUGAGAGCUGCCGUCCGGCCCUUCACAUACCGGAAUCUUGUGAAAGAGAUUGUUCUUACGAGACAUGCUAUUGUUGAAGGAGAUAUCACUGUAAAGGACUAAAAGGAAUUUGCCAAAGAUAAAACAUUUCCUGUUGUCUGAUGCCAACUCCGUCUUUGAAGCUAAUGUGAAAGCAACCAUGGCCAACAUUUAAACAGCAAUUGCCACUGCCAAGAAGGCAAAAGAUGACCCUUCUCUGGACUCUUCAAUGAAGCCUGAGCUCAAUGUUUCUGUCGAGUUCCACAUGAGUUCUCUAUUCAGGUACAAAAAAGUUCUUGAAGAUGAUGGCUAACAUUGUUGGGCAGGCAUUCAGGCAGGUUUGGCUUAUAUACAUCAUUCAUUAUACAGAUGCUGCAAAUCCCAUAUUCUUGGUUGUUCUUCGUGCCUUUGAUUCCUACCAAUGAUGACCUCCGAUAGAUUGCUCUCAACUGCAUUGAUUUCAGCAAGAUCAUUUCUGAUGAGCAUUAGUACUCAAACUUGAUACUUUUUUGAUGUCUCCCCUCUAUAUAAUAUGCUUUUAUCUUGUUUAGUUUGAUUUGAUUUGUCCCUAUGGAUGUGUAUUAGUGCAUUCUUUUAGAUAUACAAGGGAGUGAUUUGUGAUGUUCUUAAGUUCCUCAUCACUGAAUCUGAUUGCAAUUGAUGUUUUUAAUUGGCAAUAUAUAAACUUUUGUAGCUCAACAAUGUUCAUGUUCACUGUGUUGAACUUUGGGAUGAAAUUGAA